AUGGACGACACAUACGACGUUGUUGUUUGCGGUACAGGUUUCAUUGAAUGUAUCCUAUCAGGUUUGCUUUCACUUAAAGGUAUGAAGGUUCUUCAUAUUGAUAGAAAUAGCUUUUAUGGUGGUGAAGGUGCCUCCGUUAACUUGACCAACUUGUGGAAAAUCUUCAGACCAAAUGUAGAUGUUCCUAAAGUUUAUGGUGCAAACAGAGAUUGGAACAUUGAUUUAGUUCCUAAGUUUAUUAUGGCUAACGGAAAAUUGGUAAAAAUUCUUCUCAAAACUCGUGUCGCUGGUUAUCUUGAAUGGAAGUGCAUCGAUGGUACCUACGUUUACCAAAAUAAGAAGGCUGGUAUCUUCUCAUCUGGUGGUCCUAAAAUUGAAAAGGUUCCUGCAAACGAUAAGGAAGCCCUUUAAAGUGACUUGAUGGGAUUAUUGGAAAAGAGAAGAUGCAAAAAUUUCUUCGUUUACGUUUCUAACUACGAUGCUAAGGAUGUCAAUACCUACAAAGGAUAUGAUUUAAAAAUUAUGACUAUGAGACAACUCUUAAACAAGUUCGAUUUGGAAGCCAACACUAUCGACUUCAUUGGUCACGCUGUUGCAUUAUUUAACAAUGAUCAAUUUUUAGAUAGACCUGCUAUUGAAUGUGUUGAUAAGAUUAAAUUAUAUAUGGAUUCUAUAAAUAGAUAUGGUGACUCUCCUUUCAUUUAUCCCGUUUAUGGUCUUGGUGGUAUUCCUGAAGGUUUCUCUCGUAUGAGUGCUAUCUAAGGAGGUACUUUCAUGCUCAAUACUGAUAUUGAUAAAAUCGUUUAUGACGAAAACGGAAGAGUUUGUGGUGUUUAAGCCGGAGAUUAAGUUGCUAAGUGCAAGCUUGUCGUCUGUGAUCCUACCUAUGCUAUCAAGACUGGUAACUAAAACUUAGUUAAGAAGGUAGGCCAAAUCAUUCGUGUUAUUUGUAUUCUUGAUAAGCCUAUCCCUGGUACUAAGGACAUUCCCUCAGUUCAAAUUAUCAUUCCUCAAAGAUAAGUUAAUAGACAAAAUGAUAUUUACGUUAUGAUGGUCUCCAGUGUCCAUAAUGUAUGCCAAAAGGGUUACUACAUUGCCAUCAUUUCUACUACUGUUGAAACUAAUAAUCCUAGAGCUGAAAUUCAACCUGCUAUUGAUCUUAUUGGAAAGCAAAAUAUUAAAGAAUAGUUCGAAUAAAUUUCUGAUUCUUACAUUCCUACUGGUGAUGGUAGCAAGAACUAAGUUUUCAUUUCUAACUCUUUCGAUCCUUCCAGCCACUUCGAAGCUGAAACUGAAGCUGUUUUAAGAAUUUACAAGAAAAUCACUGGUGAAGAUAUUGAUCUUGAAAACUUACCUGAAGAUGUUGAAUAAUGA